AUGUCAUCGGAGACUCUCCCAAUAAGCCCCGCCGCCUUUGCCGAAGCCAUCAAGGAGCUCACUCUCCCGGUCCUCUACACCAAAGUUGCGGAACUGCAAAACUCUAUUGCGCACCUCCGGCGCUCGAACCAGGAACUGCGACUAUUCAUCACAGAAUCAUGCGAGAGUGAAGCUGAUAAACACGAGCUGGAGGGGUAUAUUGCGGAGAACGAAGGAGUGGAAAGGUCCAUGAAUGAGCGGAUCCAUCUAUGUAAGGCGGAGGUCGAGGGGAGAGGUCAGAUCUGGAUCGAUCUGGAUAUGGAAGCAAAUGAGAUUGCAGGCACCAAUGGACCGGAAGUUGGGCAAGAGCAUGGGCAAACUGCUGCCGCGAAUGGCACGAGUUCCAACGUGGAAGCGGCGCCGACGGAGAGGUCAAGGGAUAGGGAGGAUGAUGGUGAAAAUGGUGGGGUUUACCUUUGA